AUGGACGGUGGACACAGCCUCAGGAUGGACGUUACUGUACGAGAGCUCAUGGAGCUCUUUCUGCAGAGCACGCUGGUGGCGGGGGUGACCCGCCACCAGGAGACCCUGCUUAACCUGCAGAGGUUGGAGGCCCCAGACAUGGCCCUGGAGGAGCUGGAGUUUCUCUCCAGCAACAUGACCUGUCGCCUCAGGAGGCUCUUAAUUGAGCAAGACAGUUACAGGGAGCUGGUCGUGACCCUGACCCAGGAGUGGAACACCAGCAGCCGCCCCAGCGAGGACACGCAGCCCCUGGCCGUGGAGCUGGCGGACACCAAGGCCACGCUGCGCGGCGUCAGGCAGGAGCUGGAGGAGAAGACGAAGCAGCUGGCGGACGCCAGGCAUCAGUUGUACCAGCUGGUGCUGGAGCUGCAGGAGGCCCGCCGCAAUAACAUGGAGUUGGCAGCCAGCGCCCAGGCUGUUCCUGCCCUCCCUGAGCUGGACUCCCUGAGGGAGAAGGUGAGGCGCGUGGAGAGGCUGGAGAUGGAGGCGAUGGGCCUCAGGCAGAAGGAGAAAGACAUAGACUUCUAUGCAGCCUGUCUGGCCUUGCUCACCACAUCUCCGUAUGGAGACUUGGGCACCAUGACUCAGGUGCCGACUGGAGACGAUUAUUUUUCCAUGGACACUGAGAGUCAUCUCCAGGACCAUUGGAUUUGGUAUUGGAUUGAUAAGCUAUUCGAGCGGGAGGAGGAGAAUGUGCAGCUGAAAUCGAGGCUGCACCACCUCCAAUUGGCCCGGGACACAGACCAGAAAUGCCUUGAGGAGCUGCGGGAAGAGAUCAUGGCCCUCAAGACUGCACAAGGGCAGAGUGUGGAGGAGCCCGCCCACCUGCACUGGGAGCUGGAGCAGCUCCAGUGCCAGGAGCUUCCAGGUGACAGCACGCUGAUGCCCAGGGGGGUCUUCGAUCUGUCGGGGGAGGAGUGGAAGCUCGGGAUGCAGGAGGCGUCCCCAGUGGUCACUCGCCUCCAUGAUAGUUGUACCCGGGGCAUGGUUUCCUCCGUCGAUUUCAUCAUCGGACAGAUGGCCUCCAGCUGCUUCCUGAAGCUGGACAAGGAGAAGCAGAGCCUCCAGGACACCAUCCAGGGGCUGCGCGACGCCUCCCUGGCCAUGCAGGAGAGCAGCCUCCAGCGCCGGGAGCUGAAGAAGGAGAACCAGCAGCUCAGAAAGCAGAUUGAAGACUGGCAAGUCCAGAUGGAAAGAGAAAAGCAGACCAGCCGGGAUCUGGCGACUCUCUGUGAGGAGCUGGUGGAGGAGAGAGAACAGCUGCUCCGUGACAUCGAGACCCUGAAGGCUGAGGAAGCCCAGGAGUUCAAGGAUCUUAAACAACUGGUGCGUUCGCUGCGGGAGAGUUCACAGACCAGCAGCAAGGCCCGCAUGAAGGGCCAGAAGACUGAGAAAAAAGUGCUCCUCCAGACGGUGACGGACACCAAAAGGAAAGUGACCAUGAUGGAGUGGGAGCGGCUGCAGCUGUGCCGGGACCUGGAGCAGGUGAAGGCACAGGCGGUGCAGGCACAGGAGCUGGAGCACAGGAAGGAGCUGCAUCGCCUGCAGGAGGAGAUCGAGAAGCUGGCCAUGGAGGUCAGCGCCCUGACGACGGCCCCUCAGAAGGUCCACGCCCUCAAGCGGGAGAGCCCGGACCUGUUGCUGGAGAACCAGAGGCUGCAGACGUCUCUGGACACCCUGCAGCCCGAGGGCCUGGAGCAGGACAAGCAGCUGGACACCAGGCAGGUGGAAAAUUCCACUCUGAGCUCCCAGAGCGCCUCGCUCACUGCGCUCACAGAGCAGAACACGCAGCUCCAGCACCAGCAGCUGGCGGCAGCCCACAAGGCCCUGCAGCAGGAACACGCGUGCCUGGGCGUGCUCCACGAGCGCCUGACUAGGGAGCACGAGGCCCUUCUGGACAAGUACCGCCGCCAGAAGACACUGCUGAGUCGGACCCUGAAGCUGGAGAGCAAGGCUCUCAGUGACAGAUACAAGGACCAGCUCCAACAUAAGGUGGCGCUGGAGCAGCUGGGGACGCUCUUGACCACCGAGCGGGAGGCUCUGCAGCAGGAGCAGAGGACGAGCACCAUGGCCGCCGAGGAGAACCAGAGGCUGCAGCGAGAGCUGGACAGGGCCAAUUCCCUGCACCAGCAGCUGAAAGGGGAGCAGGAGGAGCUGCAGACCCACACUAAGAAGCUGCAGACCUCCCUGAACAACACCCAGCUGCAGGUGAACUGCUGGCAGAACCAGUGCAACUGGCUGAGGGAGGAGCUCCAGAGCACGGACAUCUCGCUGACCGAGCUGGACAACCGCUGCCAGCUGGUCUCCCGCCUCAAGGGCAACUUGGAGGGAGAAAACCGUCACCUGCAGAGCCAAAUCCAAAGGCUGAAAGAGCAGAACCAGAGGCUUCUCCAGGAGGACGUGGAGGACAAGGACCAGCACCAGGAGGAGCAGCAGCAGUACGUAGACAAAUUCAAUGCCUUACAGAGACAAAAUGAAAAACUGGAAGAAAAAAGCAUGGCUCAGCACAAGUUCCAUGAUCCAGCGCCAAAGAAGAAAAAGCACUGGAUUGGAGCCAAAGUCUUAGUCAAACUCAUCAAACUAAAGAAAGGGGGAUCCAGAGAACGACCAAAGUCAACCCCACAGAGGCCUCCCUGGCCGCUGGGGUCCUCAGACCAGGCCUCGCCCAGUACUUCUCAGCCUCUUCAAUCGCAGCUGGAACCCCUCGAGGCCACCCCAUGCUGCUCAAAGGUGACAGAAGAGCAAGACACCUGCAGGGGGCCCAGGGGAAAAGGCCCUGGGGACCCAAUACCAAAGGGAGUGGCCCCACACAGAGGCAGCCUUGACCGCACUCGAGGAGAUGCCUCCGCUGACCCAGCCACCAAGCCCCGGCCAUCAGAGCUGGGCUCCGGGCCCUGUUCAUCCUCAGCCAUCACUACAGCUCCUUCCAGCUCCACCUCCACCUCCCGGCACCCAGGCCGCACCCACGAUCCCUUCUCCUCACUGACCAGCUCUGGGCACCUGGGCGAGCCACCCAUCCUCCAAGUGUGGGUUCCUGCAGCUUCCAGAUGGGGACAGGGCUGGGAGUUCCGGUCCAUCGUGGUCAGAGGACACAGGGUCUGGCCCUACAGGGUGAAGGAGCACCGGCAGAGAGGAAAUCAGCGCGCCCCUCACCGCCCCAGUCCCACGGGGGAGCGAGCAGAACCGGCCUGGAAGUGCGGCAGCUCCGGUGGAGGCAGCUCAGGCUCCUAG